UGCAUAACAUCAUCUAGGCAUUGAAUAUAAAGUUUAGCAUUAGUAUGAAAAAAGUCCAUCUUAUCCUCCUUCAACCAAAGCAUUUAAAAGGCCUUCUGUGUUUUAUGUUAGUCAGACAGGACUACACCAGCAUGACAACAUCCUAGUGACUCUGUUGCUUCAGAAACUUUUACUGGGGACCCUAUUUGUCAGGAUCUGCUCGCUUAAACAUCCUCACUAUGAACAGCAGCCGGCCUGUUGAAUUCUUCAUCCUGGAUGGCCUGAAGGAUCAAUCCAUGCUUCCCUUUGUCUUCACCGUCUACAUUUCUAUUCUGAGCGGAAACAGCAUGAUCAUCUACCUCGUUCGGACCGACCCCAAGCUCAACACCCCCAUGUACUUUUUCCUUCACAAUCUGUCCUUCUCUGAUGUGAUAUACACAUCGGUGACCAUGCCCAAGAUGCUGUCUGUGAUGCUGACCGGAGUCAAAACCAUCUCGAAAACAGGAUGCUUUCUACAAAUGUACUUUUUUCUUUCUAUGGCAGUGACGGGGCGUGCUAUGCUGACCGCGAUGGCUUUUGAUCGCUACGUAGCCAUUUGCAACCCCCUGCGGUACACGACUAUCAUGACCAAGCGCGUGUGUAUUCUGUUGGUGUUUGUUGCGUGGGGUUUUGGGGUUGUUAUCGUUCUGCCCCCGGCAGUCUGGGCUACUCAGGUGCCUUACUGCGGGCCCAAUGUGGUUAAACACAUGUUUUGUGAUCACUCAUCUGUUGUGGUCCUAGCCUGUACUGACACCACUAGGAACAGCAUUUUGGCUCUAACUAACGCUCUCCUUGGGAUUAUCAGUUCGUUCCUUCUAAUCUUAACUUCGUAUAUUUGUAUCGGCAGAGCGCUCCGAAAAAUGAACACGGCAGAUCAGCUUAAAGCUCUAGCCACGUGUGUGUCCCACCUAAUAGUGGUGUGCAUUGCGUACUUGUCAGCCACGUUCGUGUAUAUUUCCUAUCGGGUGGCAAAAUUUGACCCCGAGGUUCGUAUAAUCAUUGCUGUGCUUUACAGCAUGCUGACGCCUCUAUUGAAUCCCAUCAUUUACAGCUUAAGGAACAAAGAGCUGCAAGAUGCAAUAAAGCGAGUGUUUUCCAAAUGUACAACUGCUUCACAUAAGCCUAUAGUCAGGAAAACAGUGCCCUCCAUUACAUGUGAAAUAAACACAUCUGUUGUUCUGUAACACUUUACAAUAAGGCUCCAUCAGUUAACAUUAAUUGCUAUUUUAAAUAAUAGCGUUUUGAAGGAUUUUUUAAUUGUUACUGGUAUUUUUAUUCAUUAUGUGUGGUGGUCAAAGUACCCCCAGGUAAGAGUAAACCAUUUGAAUAAAAUGGUUUUAAGGUAUUUAUUGGACAAAAUUAUUCGGCAAAAAAGGCAAACCACAGCAUAUCAGAGAAUAUGGAUUUUAUUCUACAAAACAAAUGAGUAGAGAAACAAAAAACUUGCAGGAAAUAAAGAAUACAUUGAAUGCAUAUCUGUUAAAUGUUAAUAUUUGUUGAUCCUCUCUUGGGGUAAUAUUCUGUUGUCAUUUUUAUGGACCUUGAAUCAAGCUUUGUGCACAUAUCGGGUGUAAUUUUUCUCAAAUCUGAUCUUCAAUUUAUAACCUUAGUACAACUAUACUUUUUCAUUGUAAGGCCCCCUUUGUGCAUCUCUUUGCGGCCCCCCAAAUAAAACGUAUAAUCUUAAACUUAGAAUUUUAAUUAAACCAAAAACAAAUGCUGUUAUACAAUGCUGGAACAUCAAUACUUUUGGUUGGUGGUCUUAUUUU